AUGUCCAAGAUCACAGUCGCCGGUGUGCGCCAGAAUGUCCAGCAGCUGCUCGACUACUCUCAGAAUGAGAAGAAGAGGAACUUCCUCGAGACUGUUGAGCUUCAGAUCGGUCUGAAGAACUACGAUGUCCAGCGUGACAAGCGUUUCUCGGGCACCAUUAAGCUGCCUUCAGUUCCUCGUCCCAACAUGAGCAUCUGUGUUCUUGGUGACCAGCACGAUCUCGACCGUGCCAAGCACCACGGAAUCGAUGGCAUGUCCGCUGAGGACCUCAAGAAGCUGAACAGGAACAAGAAGCUCAUCAAGAAGCUUGCCCACAAGUACGAUGCUUUCCUCGCUUCCGACGGUCUCAUCAAGCAGAUCCCCCGUCUUCUCGGACCCGGUCUUUCCAGGGCUGGUAAAUUCCCUACCCCCGUCUCCCACUCCGAGGACCUCGCCAAUAAGGUCACCGAGGUCAAGUCCACCAUCAAGUUCCAGCUUAAGAAGGUUCUUUGCCUCGGUGUUGCCGUUGGCAACGUCGGCAUGGCCCAGGAGGAGCUGGUUGCUAACAUCAUGUUGGCCAUCAACUACCUCGUCUCCCUUCUGAAGAAAGGCUGGCAGAACGUUGGCAGUCUUGUCAUCAAGGCUACCAUGUCUCCCCCCAAGCGUCUAUACUAA